AUGGCAGAAUUUGAGUCUAAAAUUCAUCCUCAAUUCAAGGAAAUUGCUGCUGCUAUUAAAAAAAAUGAUGCAUAUAGUCUCAGUGUUGCUCUAGAUAAUUUUAAUGGAAAUAUUAACGAAGAUUUGAUAGACGGAGACACUGCUCUUCAUUAUGCAUGUGAAAAUUACAGUCAAUCCUGUUUCGAGCCUCUACAUGAAGCCGUAGAUAUUAAUGUUAUUAAAUUAUUGUUUAAUGUUCGAGCUACUAAUCUAGAUGGUAUAAAUAAAAUGUUAAAAUCAGUUGAUAUAGCUGGAAAAACACCUCUUCAUCAAGCAGCAAUUUAUGGAAAUGCUAAAGUAGUAAAAUUGUUAUUGGAUUUUGGAGCUUCAACUGAAAUAACAGAUUACAAUGGAAAGAUUCCAUGGGAUUUGGCUAAACCUAAUUCAAAUAUUAGAAGAAUACUAGAGGAAAAUGAUGAAGAUUAA